UUUGGUUUGGUAUUUGGAUAUGAUAAAAAGCCGAGAGAAGGAGAAGGUCGCACACACUCGGCUGCUGCUCUCAAGCUCUUAACAAUGGCUUCCUCAUUAACCUCCUCUUUCCAAACCAGCAGCUUUCGAUCUGUAUUUUUGGGCGAGAGAAAUGGAUUCUCUGUUUCUAGUGUUCCUGUAAGUCGUGUUGGGUUUGUGAAGAAGAACAUAGAAUGUAAGGAAUCUCGAAUUGGAAAGCAAGCAAUUGAAGUGCCGAGCAACGUGACAAUCACAUUGGAAGGACAGGGCUUGAAAGUAAAGGGCCCUUUGGGGGAACUCUCACUCAAUUAUCCACGCGAAGUGAAGGUUGAGAGGGAGGAGUCUGGAAUUCUAAGGGUGAGAAAGGCAGUCGAGACUAGGAGGGCGAAUCAGAUGCAUGGCCUCUUCAGGACGCUGACGGACAACAUGGUGGUUGGAGUAUCAAAAGGGUUUGAGAAGAGACUUCAACUGGUCGGUGUGGGAUAUCGUGCGAUGCUGGAAGGGAAAGACUUGGUACUAAGUCUCGGAUUCUCUCAUCCUGUGAGGAUGACGAUCCCCAAUGGCAUUCAAGUGAAGGUGGAAGACAAUACCAGAAUCGUUGUUAGCGGUUAUGACAAGAGUGAAAUCGGGCAGUUUGCAGCUUCCAUUAGGAAGUGGAGACCCCCAGAACCAUACAAAGGUAAGGGUGUGAAAUAUGCUGAUGAGGUUAUCAGAAGAAAGGAAGGAAAAGCGGGGAAGAAGAAGUAAUAAGCCUCUAAUUGUUUCUCUUUUGCUUGUUAGUGUACAUCAGCGGAACUGUAUGUGCUAAAUUACUGUUAAAGAAAAAAAUUCAUCUGUAUCGAGUUUUGUUCUUCAAUAUCAUUUUCAUUAGUGUUAGUUUCAAAGUGGCGUGUGGAACUACUAUUCCUUUGACUUCCAUUACUGAAUCUGAUACUAAAUGGUGCUUACUUUUUUGGCC